GUUAAAUGAAUUAUCCGCGGUGAGAUGGACAAAUUUCCACGCUUUUUCUCCGCUUUUCAUGGGAGACGUCUCCCCAGAAUCCCUUUGUUUUUUGCGCGAUUCUUUCAUGAAUUGAGUUCUGUGCGCAAUCUUCGGGCAAGUCUUGGGAUUCUCUCCUUAUUCGCUCUCUUUACCGUCAUCUUCCUCAUGCAGCAACAAUUGACAGCCUGGCAGAUUGAAAAUCUCAAUGUGGAUCCACAGAAGAAGUAUAUUCUCCUGUACAAGGUACCUCCGUGGAUGGAAGCUCUUGAGGCUGGAGAUGAAUGUGUGAUUACUACAAAUGAGAAGCUCCUUCCAAGUAUUGAAAUGUACGACGCGAUGGUUUUCAGUUCGGAAUCUCAAAUAAACUUUCCAGAGAAGAGAUCUCCUGAUCAGUUGUAUGUCUUCACCAGCAGAGAGUCCCCUUUGUACACAAAGAACAAUUAUCAGAAAGAUCUCAUGCAAUAUAAUCUAACCAUGACAUACCGAAGGGAUUCUGAUGUUUUCUGGCCCAGUGGAUUCAUUGCGGAUGCUGCAAUAGAUGCAUCUGCGUGGGAAUUUAGACCGCCAAAAUGGAAGCACGCUGUGUUUGAAAAAUAUGGCGCCAAUGUGAAACUAACCUCAAUUAUUGCGGAUAAAUCAAAAUUCUCAGCUUGGCUCAAAUCUCAAUGUACAGACAAGUCAAUGAGAAUUGAUUUCAUGAGUAUUCUGGAGAAUUACAUCGAGAUCGAUAUUUACGGGGAAUGUGGGAGACUUGACUGCCCAGGAACGCAGGAUGAAUGCUUGGAAAUGGUAGAACGUGACUACUUCUUCAUUUUCAUCGCAGAAAAUUCAAUUUGCAAGGAUUUCAUCACAGAAGCCCUUUUCAGUGCCAUGCGCUAUUACAUUGUUCCCGUUGUGUAUGGUGGUGCAAACUACGGUGACUUCCUACCACCGCAUUCCUUUAUAGAUGCCAAUAAAUUCAAACGGACAACUGAACUAGCUGACUACCUACAGCGCCUAGCAUCAGAUCCCACGGAAUACGCCAAAUUUUUCUGGUGGAAAAAAUUCUAUCCCCAAGUACGGACCAAAAGAACCCUCCGUGGCCUCUGCAGAGCCAUCCAGGAGUUCUCUACGCGACCAGCUAAAACAGGAAAGAUCGCAAAUAUUCAAUCAUGGUGGCAGGACGACAGUCAAUGUGCUCAAGCACCAAAAAUUCAGCUUAUUUAAAAGACAGUUUUUUUUCACUCAAAUGUGAUAACCAUUUAUUUCAUUUUCUCUCUUUUUUUCCACAUAAGUAAUGCCUUAUCAAUUAUAUUUUUCUUCCUUAUACAUAAUUAUAAUUAAUUAAUAUUUUUUAAGUAGAAAAAAUCUCUCCAAAGUUUUUCUUUUCUUGACUAGAAAAAUACGAAGAAAAGGAAAUUUUAUGGUUCACAGGAAAGUUUCUUUUUCCGUGCAAUCAGAGGUUCGAUCAGACUAAUCAUUUUUUUUUAAUAUAGAACAUUUUUUGGAUUUUUUUUAAAAAUUAAUCCAUAUAGUGAAAUUGAGCGUGUUUUAUCUACGAGAAUUUUGAAACCUUUUUAUUUCUGUUAGUUUUCAGUGUUUCAUUCAGUUUUUUCAGUUUCGCAUGGUUUUUCAUACCUGUUUCAACAAUAUUUUUUGUAUGCAGUGUUUUACGUUUGUAUCAAUCAAGUUUUUUUUUAAUGUUUCAUUGAGUUUCUUCGGUUUUGCAGUGUUUUACGUUUCUAUCAAUUAAUUAAUAAAUUUGUUAUAUUAAUUUAUUUUUAAUCAUUUUUCAGUGUUUCAUACUUGUUUUUAAUCCUUAACUUUUUCACGUUUUUUGGGUCAUACGCUGACCCAAACGUGAAACAUUUUAUUUUUUCAAUUAUUUAUGAAUGUAAUUGUUUUUCCAUGUUACAAAUGCAUCAAAUUCACGCAUAAGGGGCCAAAGAAGACGUUCUGAGUGAGAAAAGUCCUCUAAAAAAAUUCAUAGAAUAAAAAUUGCGAUAAAAGUUUGCAUGUUUCAACGUGUUUAUGUUUCACGUUGGACGUUAAAGGGUUAAAUAUGCAGUGUUUUAUACUAUUUUCAAUUUCUUCAAUUUAGUAGUGUUUCACGCUUGUUUCAACUCUAUAGUGUCUUGUAGUUUUCUCUGUGAACCAUUAAUAAAGAAAAACUUAUUUUAAUAACAUUUUAGCAUUUUUUUAAAUGAAAAAAAUUCACUUUUCCAAUUUUUUUUAUUAUAAAAGGUUUUUUUUUUUAAUUUUGUGAAUUUCUUUCCAUCCAUCAAUGAAACCGAUUUUUUGAGGACUUGGGAUGUUUCUUUCCUAAAUUUUUUUUUAAACUAGGUAUUAAAUAACCUUAAUAAAAUGAUAUGAAUAUCCUAAUAAAAAAUAGAAAAA